UUGAGUCAUUGUUAUUGUUUUUGACUUCACGUUCAGUAAUUAGGGCAAAGGUAACGGGAGCGAUCCCGAGCUGGCGUUGAAUGUGCACAUUGAGGUUCUUAAGUAAAGUAACAAGACGUUUCUGUUCCUGCAUUGCUACAGUAUCUUGUCUCACUGAGUUGAAUCAGUCCAGUAAUAAUGGAUAAUCAGUUGUUCGAGUCCAGAGCGGAGCGGACAUUUCAGUAUCAGAGCAGCCUCCCUCCUCUACCUGUACCCGAUCUACACGACUCACUGGACAAAUACCUGCAUGCAGUUAAACCUUUUGCAUCUGAGGAGGAGUUUCAAGCCACAGAGGCUAUUGUGAAAUGCUUUAAGGAGGGCAUCGGACAAAAGCUACAACAAAAGCUUCUGAGGAGAGCCAAUAGCAGGCGCAACUGGCUUGAAGACUGGUGGCUGGACACAGCAUAUCUAGAAGCACGCAUCCCCUCUCAGCUGAAUGUGAAUUUUGGAGGCCCUACAGCCUACGUGGAGCACUGCUGGCCUGUACGUGAUGGCACACAGCUGGAGAGGACCAGCUUGAAUUUGUGGUUCACCCUCCAGUACUGGGACCUUAUCCGCACGGAGAGGCUUGCCAUUCAUAAAGCAGGAACUAUGCCCUUUGACAUGGAUCAGUUCCGCAUGCUCUUCUGCACCUGCAAAGUGCCUGGUGUCAAUAAAGACACCAUCCUCAACUUCUUCAAAACAGAAAGCGAAGGACCCUGCCCUUCUCACAUGAUAGUGAUGUGUCGUGGGAGGGUCUUCACAUUUGAUGCUCUCUGUGAUGGCCGUAUCCUCACUCCCCCAGAGCUGCUGAGGCAGCUCACUUACAUUAAAGAAUGCUGUGAUGGAGAGCCAGAGGGGGAUGGAGUAAGCGCUCUCACCACAGAGGAAAGGACACGCUGGGCAAAGGCUCGGGAGUAUCUGAUCUCCAUAGAUCCUGUGAAUAAGACCAUACUAGAGACUAUUCAGAGCUCUUUAUUUGUGCUCGCCCUGGACGAUGCCAAGCCCUAUUCCACCCCUGAAAACUACACACAGUUGACCAACCUGGCAUUAACUGGUGACCCCACGAUCCGCUGGGGUGAUAAAUCUUACAAUCUGAUUUGCUUCUCUAAUGGGACUUUCGCUUCUAACUGUGAUCAUGCGCCAUAUGAUGCCAUGGUUUUGGUAUCUAACGGAUAUUAUGUAGAUCAAAAAUUGAGGGCCUGUGGUGGAGUGUGGAAGGGUUCAAAGGUUGUGCGUGAGAUGCCUGUGCCGGAGGAGCUGAUAUUCACCGUGGAUGAGCGGGUGAGGAGAGACAUCGCCCUGGCUAAAGAACAGUACACCAAAAGUUCUCAGGACCUGCAGGUUGUCAGCUAUGCAUUCACCUCCUUUGGAAAAGCAGCCAUUAAGAAGAGAAAGCUUCACCCUGACACAUUCGUACAGCUGGCUCUGCAGUUAUCAUACUACAGGCUGCACGGAAAGCCUGGUAGUUGUUAUGAGACUGCCACAACACGCCGUUUCUUUCAUGGCCGCACAGAGACCAUGAGGCCCUGCACUGUGGAGGCCCAGCACUGGUGCAGAACCAUGUUGAACCCUACAGCCACUACUGAAGAGAAAAGACAAGCUUUAAAUGCAGCCUUCAGAAAACACAACAAGCUGAUGGCAGAGGCACAGGAUGGAAAAGGCUUUGACAGACACCUCCUGGGUUUGUACCUGAUUGCCAAGGAGGAGGGUCUUCCUGUGCCUGAACUCUACACAGAUCCGCUCUAUACUAAGAGUGGAGGAGGGGGGAGUUUUGUGCUUUCCACUAGUCUGGUGGGCUACACCACUGUAUUGGGAGCAGUUGCACCCAUGGUGCCGCACGGAUAUGGGUUUUUCUACCGCAUUCGUGAUGAUAGAAUUGUUGCGUCCUGCACCGCUUGGAAGUCCAAUCCAGAGACAGAUGCUGAAACUCUGUUUCAGAACCUCUGCACCUCUUUACAUGACAUCAUGCAGAUCACUUCCCAGUCCCAGCUGUAAAACAGAGCAUUCUGGGAAGUCUAACCUAGUCUAACCUCAGUGCUUUAGUUAUGUUGUUGAACAGGAGAAAAAAAGGGCUGACGUCUCAGACGUGACCGUGCCUUUAAACUGAUCUACUAUGCUGUGAAUUUAAAAUGGUUCAUAUGCUCCCUUGUUUGGUCAUAUCCAGAAUGAAUACAGUAGAUACAGUAGAAUUCUGAAGAGAUGUCACAUUCAUUUGAGAAAGUUGCCAGACAGUAAGAUAAGUUGAUUUUUAGAAAUAAUCUGGAUUUAGUACAGCAAGUGCUUUAAACUCUUAGGUGCCUUCGGUUAGUCAUCUCUGAAUCAUUUCAAUCAGGAAAUCCUCCUCUGAGAUAAGGCAUGAUUUUUAACCUACAGUUUUUGCUACGUUAGCAGCCUUGCUUCCUGUUAACUGUACACCUGUGAAGCUGUAUUAUGUCACAGGAUGCUCAUGCAUCAUAAGUCCACUAGAGAGAGAGACAUUAACAAACUGGUUAUCAAUGCAAAACAAUGCAACAGAGUAAGUAUAAUGCAGAUAUAUAAUUCCUCUUUAUUUUCUGAAUUUGAAUAUCUUAUCAUGUGGCUUUUCAAACUACAAGGCUUCAUGCACAAGAGCCGAAUCUUUUUGCACCAAUAGGAUAUAAAUGAAUGUUUUUUAUAUAGUAGAUGUACAUGCUUAUUAAAAAAUGUUUUACUGUUUGUUACCAAUGGUUGGUUUAAUUUGCACUGCUUUCCUAGUUACUGGGAAACACUGAAUAAAUGUUCCUAAAAGUUGUAAUUUUGAUUGGUUCAGAUAUUACAAGCUGCUUCUUUCAUCACAGGACCUUAAACCAUUUCCACCUGUUAGUUUGAAUAGUACAUUUUGUCAUACAUACAUGUAAAUUUGGAUGUGAAUUGCCCACAGAUUUACCAAGAAUACAAGUUGGCCUGUCGGCAUUACCUCCAAAAGAUAUUGUAAACCUUGCCAGCGAGUAUUCAUAUGGUGUGAAUAAUCCAUGUAUUUUGUAAGAAUUUUAUUUGUCCAACUUGUCCUACUGUAAAUAUAUUAAAGUUGCAACUGAAGUGAUUACAGCUCUCAAAUUUAAAUGUUUGUUUAAUGCAUACAGUUCUCUUUGAGGAAAUUCAAUAAUUAGACUUCAUUUCAUAAGCCUCUCAGUAUGAAAGCACAGCUGUGAACUUUGUUUUACAUAUGUAUAAAUCUUUAAACCAGUGUCUCUGUGAAAUAUUUACAUUUUAUGUGAAGGCAAGUAAAAUAUUAAACCUUUAUCAAAAUCGAGCUUGGCAAAUGGACUCUUUUCACUGUGACAGUAAACCAUCUGUGAAUGUGAUUUUGGUUUGUAAACAUGACUGUAAACUGACGUAGUUGCCAUGAAAUAAAAAUUCAACCUAG